AUGGGUUGUUGUUGCGACGAAGACGACGGCGACGUUUUCCGGCAACUCAUCAAUUCGAAUUUCCCCUCCUCAUCCACCUCUACCACCACCUUUUCCUUCACCGUGAUCUCCCCCAUGAAUUCCCAUUUCUCGGCACUCUCCUCCACCGACAUCCUCCGCCUCAUCUUCCAGAACCUUCCAAUCCCCGAUCUCGCCCGUGCCAGCUGCGUCUGCCGUGUCUGGAACUCCGUCGCCUCCCAGAGGGACAUGCUCACCAGAGCCUUCGUCGUCCCUUGGAAAUUGAACGACGUUGUCGGCGACCCGCUAUCUGGAAGCUUCUGGAGAGACAACUCCCUCGCCAAAUUCGCCAUUUCCCAUCGUAUUUCGCGCGGCGACACCGUCGCUAGCCUUGCAGUCAAGUACUCCGUUCAGGUAAUGGACAUAAAGCGCUUGAACAACAUGAUGAGCGACCAUGGUAUAUACUCAAGGGAAAGAUUAUUGAUCCCUAUUAGUAAUCCUGAUAUUCUCAUUAACAGAAUAUGCUUUAUUGAGCUGGAUGUUUAUGCAAAACGAGAAGUGGCAGUGUUGUAUUCUAAUGAUGUACCAGACAAGAGGAGUACCUAUGUGUCAAACAGAAUUUCCUCAGAAGAAAGCAACAAAAAGGUGGUUGAUUCCUUGAAGAGAAGCAUGCAAGUUGACAAUGAAACGGCUCAAUAUUACUGGUCUGUUGCAAAUGGUGAUCCACGAGCGGCGUUUGCUGAAUUUUCUGCGGACCUUAAGUGGGAUAGGCAAGCUGGGCAUUCCUAG